AUGGUCGGUGUCUUAUCUGCGGCGGUUGCCCUCGUGUUCCUGUGGGGAUCUGUGGUGGGCGGGAUGGAGGACGGCACAUUUGAAAGCCGGUUUGAGUACGAGUAUAAGGUGCUGCAGAAGCUGAUCGUGCUGGAGAUGGAAAAAACGGAAUUGCGUGGCAUGGUAACAGCCCUCACAACUAGCCUGGAAGGGGCCGAAACAGUCAUACGUGCUCUGAAUGCGACGGUUCAAAACGUUGCAACCGGAAGUUCGUAUAUCAGAUGGGGGAGGAAGACUUGUCCAACCGAAACUGGUGCUCGGUCGCUGUAUGACGGGUACGCUGGAGGCACAUGGUACGCUCAUUCCGGGGGAGGCAACACUUAUCUAUGUUUGCCGCGGGAUCCGGUUUUGGACGAUAUUCAAGGUGGAUACAGAAGCUACAUCUACGGAGCUGAAUAUCAAACGUUUGGUGGAACACUGUGGAGCGAAAUGAAUGACGAAGAGGUACCCUGUGUUGUAUGCAUCACACCGAACACCAACGUCGUCAUGGUUCCUGCCAAGAACGUUUGUCAUGCAGGGUGGACAUUAGAAUACGCGGGCUAUCUGAUGGCGGAGAAGUUUGAUCACAGUGCCAAAAACUAUGUAUGUAUGGAUGGUGAACCUGACGAUUUAGACGGAAGUCGCGGCAGUCAAGACGGGGCGCUGUUCUACUUUGUUGAGGCUUCGUGCGGAUCCCUCCCCUGCGACCCCUACAUUCACGGAUAUGAGCUGACUUGUGCCGUCUGCAGCUUACCACCUGUAAUUUAA